UGAGCAGCCGGUCGAGCUGGACCCCCCGCGGGUCAAGGGCAGAAGGCUGAGGGCGGGCGAAGUCGAGGCCAGGGUCGAGUACGACGUCCUCGAGGGAGCCUGGCGGCUGUUGCACCCAGAGGUAGUGCGGGUGGCCAAGCAGAUGAUGUGGCACUGGAUGGACGCGUUCGAGAGGUUCAACCGCGUGUGCAAGGCCACGGGCACCACCGACGCGAUGCGGGAGGUGGGCCUCCAGGACGGCGAUACAGUGAUCGUGUGCGACCAUCUCUUCACCUAUACGCCAGGCUUCGGGGAGUACGGUGAAUCGCGGCUGCUCGAGUACGACGUGUCGCAUCAGCGGCAGAUGCAGGGCAGGGCGCCCGACCCGUUCGACCACCGCGGCAAGUUCGACGACUGA